AUUGUUUUCUUUUUAUCAUGAACCUCUUCGGCUUCGGUGUGCCAUCUGCGGAGCUCAGCUUCACCCUGGAGGACGAGCAGCGUGUGAAACUCAAAGUUCCGCGCUUCGACGAUGCAAAAAGUGGCAUAUCCAGAGAGUUGCCACUUUUCCGCGACGACGAAGAUAUUUGCGGGGUUUUAACCGUGAAAGUGGACACUGGCAAGCGGUUAGAACACACUGGAUUGAAGCUGGAACUUCUGGGUCUUAUCGAAGUGCCCGUGGAUCGCAAUGCCGGCUUCGAGUUCACAAACUCAGUACGAGAGUUGCAACCCAGCGGGGGAGUCAUGGAAGGGGAACACACUUUUGCGUUCAACUUUGCCAAAGUGGAAAAACCCCAUGAAAGUUACUAUGGCAAAAGUGUCAAACUCAGAUAUGUGCUGCGUGCCACGUUGGCAAGAGGAAACUACGCCAGUAAUCUCGUGCAAGAGCAAGAUCUCUGGGUGCAACGUGUGGCUCCCCCGCCACCUGUGGAUCGAUCUAUCAAGAUGGAAGUGGGCAUCGAGGACUGUCUACACAUCGAGUUCGAGUACGACAAAUCCCGGUAAGUGGCAAAAACAAAAUGUGAUGAAAAAUGUUUUUUUUUUUAAUCUAAAUUUUUUAUCGUCUAGAUAUCACCUGAAGGACGUGGUGAUCGGCAAAAUUUUCUUCCUGCUGGUGCGAAUCAAGAUCAAACACAUGGAGCUGGCGAUCUUACGUCGUGAGAGUGUGGGCUCUGGAGCUCAGCGCCACAGCGAGAGUGAGACGGUCACUAAGUUCGAGAUCAUGGACGGCGCGCCGGUCAAGGGGGAAAGUGUUCCAGUUCGGCUGUAUCUUGCGCCGUACGCUCUUACCCCGACGUAUCGCAACGUACAGAGUCGAUUCUCCGUCAAAUACUUCCUGAACCUCGUGUUGGUGGAUGAAGAAGACCGGCGAUACUUUAAACAACAGGAGAUCACACUCUGGCGCAAAAACUUCGGAUAAAAGCACCAGUUUUUUUUUUUUUUUUCAGCAAAAACAAAAACUGAAAAUUCCAAAUAGUGACGUUGACUUAAUAAAAAAAAAUUGCGCA